AUGAGUGGCUUAUCAAGAAGAAAGAGAAGUGUAGGAGAGGAAAUGCUCGAUUGGAGGAUUGGUGGUGACGGCGGUCUUUGGUAUCAGGGGCGAGUAUGCGUACCUAACAAUGUCGAUUUAAGUAAAGAGGUUAUGGUAGAAGUCCAUCAUUCCAGUUUAGUUAUCCACCCAGGUAGCACUAAGAUGUAUAACGACGUCAAGAGGCAGUACUGGUGGAAUAACAUAAAGAGGGACAUAACAGGCUUUGUGGCGAAACGUAUGAGGAAGCACGACUCGAUUUUGGUCAUUGUUGAUAGGCUGACAAAGGCCGCCCGGUUCCUUCCGAUUCACACGAUCGAUUCAACCGAUAGUUUGGAAGAGAUAAGCACAGAGUUCAAGUUCAGCAUGGCAUUUCAUCCUCAGAUUUUGGAGGAUAUGUUGAGGGCAUGCGUUCUGGACUUCCAAGGUAACUGGGACAAUCAUUUGGCUCUGGUAGAAUUCGCGUACAAUAACAGCUUCCAGUCCAGCAUAGGCAUGGCACUAUAUGAGGCUCUCUAUGGUAGCCCUUGCCGAGCCCCUCAGUGCUGGGUGAAAAUCAGGGAGAGAAAUUGUGUGGGAGCCGUGGCGUAUCGCUUGGCACUACCUACUGCUUUGGCUGACAUUCACAAUGUCUUCCACAUAUCCAUGCUCAAGAAGUACACACCAAAUGACUCGCAUAUCGUCAGCUGGGACCAGGUAGAGCUCGCAGAAGAUGCUUCCUACACAGAGGAUCCUAUCUGCAUCCUGGAUCGCAAGGAGCAAGUCUUGUGGACGAAAACAAUAUCACUGGUCAAGGUUCUCUGGUCUCACCAUGGCGAGGAAAAAGCAACCUGCGAGAGGGAAGCAGAGGUUAUGGAGAAGUACCCUCACAUGUUCAGUGACACACCGUAG